GCGGAGCUGCGGCUCGGCGGGCGAGGCGAAGAUGGCGUGCCCGGGGAGCGGAGGGGCUCUCCUCCUCGGCGCCGUCGCCCUGCUGCUGGCCGCGGGCAGCCUGGCGUCGGGAGCCCGCGAGGAGAAGGACAUAGGGCACGGAGGCGGCGGGCCAGGGGAGCGGCCCUCGUCGUGCCACGGCGCCUUCGAUCUCUACUUCGUCCUGGACAAGUCUGGAAGCGUCAAACACCACUGGAUAGAAAUUUAUUCCUUUGUUGAAAGUCUGGCUGAGAAGUUCAUAAGUCCGAUGCUUCGUAUGUCUUUCAUUGUGUUUUCCUCGCGAGGGACCACAAUUAUGAAGUUGACGGAAGACAGGGAAGUCAUCCAGCAAGGCCUUGCAGUUCUUCAGAGACAAGUGCCUGGAGGAGACACAUUCAUGCAUGAAGGCUUCAAAAGGGCAAAUGAACAGAUCUAUGAAAAUUAUGGAGGACUCCAGACAGCUAGCGUGAUCAUAGCUCUCACAGACGGGGAGCUGCAAGAGGCGCAGUUUUAUUAUGCAGAGAAAGAAGCUGACAGAGCGAGGAGCCUCGGAGCAAUUGUCUAUUGUGUUGGUGUGAAAGACUUUAAUGAAACUCAGCUAUCGACUAUCGCAGAUAGCAUUGAUCACGUUUUCCCUGUGACUGGAGGAUUUUAUGCCCUCAGAGGCACCAUUGAUUCAAUUCUGAAGAAAUCGUGCAUUGAGAUCCUGGCCGCCGAACCAUCAAGCAUCUGCGCAGGAGAAUCCUACCAAGUGGUGGUCAAAGGCAACGGCUUUUAUUACGCAAGGAACAUUGACCAAGUGCUCUGCAGUUUCAAGAUCAAUAACACCAUUACUCUUAAUGAAAAGCCAACAAUUGUUCAAGACACAUAUUUACUGUGCCCUGCUCCAGUGAUAGCAGAUGUCGGACAGGUGGUUUACCUGCAAGUCAGUAUGAAUAGUGGACUGACAUUCAUCUCCAGCUCAGUCAGUAUCACCAGCACCCACUGUCAUCGUGGGACGAUUGUUUUCAUUGUGCUUCUGAUCCUGUUCCUGCUCCUGGCCUUGGCUCUCCUCUGGUGGUUCUGGCCGCUCUGCUGCACCGUGGUCAUCAAGGAGCCGCCCCCGCCGCCCCCAAUGGAACCUGAGUCAGAUGAUGAAGAUGGUUUUCCAAAGAAAAAGUGGCCUACAGUGGAUGCGUCUUAUUACGGAGGGAGAGGUGUAGGUGGAAUCAAAAGAAUGGAGGUGAGGUGGGGUGACAAAGGAUCGACAGAGGAAGGAGCAAAGCUAGAGAAGCCCAAAAAUGCCGUCAUCAAAUUGCCAGAAGAGGAAUUUGAGCCCUGGGAGCCCAAGCCGAAGAGAGAUCACCCCCGGAGGUUGCCCUCCGAAAGGAAAUGGUACACUCCCAUAAAGGGCAAGCUGGAUGCCCUGUGGGCCCUUGUUCGACGAGGCUAUGAUCAAGUUUCUCUAAUGAGACCGCUGCCUGGGGAUAAGGGACGAUGCAUAAAUUUCACCAGAGUGAAAGCAGAUGGGGCGGUCAUCUCGUAUAGUGCACCUCAGCAGCCAAGAGAACACCAGACCCUCAACAACGCUCCAAGAAGCCCAUCUUCUCCGGGGCCAAUGCAGCCCCCUCCCUGUAGGCAACUUCCUCCUGCGCCUCCCCCUUUGAGAUGCCCACCGGGGCCCCCUCCAUCCCGUCCUCCGCCUCAGCUUCUGGCUUAAAGCGUGGGCAACCGAGAUGGGAGCAGAGCAUAUCCAGUCUUAGUUUAUAAUCAAGAGUUUGUUGCUGGUCAGCAAAAAAAAAAAACAGAACAAAAUGCCAGGCGUCCGUUUGUACUGUUGAGUAUAUUUAUGCCACAUGUGCCUUAUAAACAUUCCAUGGUUGAAUCCUGGGAACUGCUAGGUAUACGACAAAAGAAAAUAUCCAGGCAGCGAGUGAUAAUAGAUUAUGCGUUAAUGGUUCACACACACAUACCCUCGAUAUGUUUUAUAAGUCGUUAGCCAGAUGGGAAAAGCCUGCGCUGGUGAAUGGGGUUAGGUUUUCCCCGCAAAUAAUAUUGUCAUCCAUAAUAGUAAUGCUAGGAAGGGUCCGAUUAAGUGGAAGCUAAAUUCUGUAAAUUUCCCCCUC